CCUUGUCAAGAAAAUUAAGAAGGGAAACGCUAAACCCUAAACCCUAAUCCCUUCCAAGCUAAUUAAUCGAAGUUCAUGGCCACCACAGUGAAGAAGCAAAGCCUAGGCCGCCAAAAGAUCGAGAUCAAGAAAAUAGAAAACAAAAGCUCUCUAGAAGUUACUUUCACAAAGCGUCGCAAAGGUCUUUUUAACAAGGCUAGUGAGCUCUGCGUCCUAACCGGAGCUGAGGCAGCAGUUAUUGCAUUCUCUCCCGGCAAGAAGGCCUUUGCCUUUGGAUUUCCCUCUGUGGACACCGUUAUAGACCGCUAUAUAAGCGAAAAUACAGAAGAGGGAAGAUCAGUACUGAAUACAAGUGCUAGUCAUCAUCGAGUGGUCCAGGAGAGCAGGAAGCAAUAUGCAGAGGCCCUCGCAAAGAAGGAGGAGGAAAAGAAGCGAGUGGAGACAAUGAAAGAAGGUGGGAAAGUUGGGUUUGGACGGGAUAGUUUUUGGUGGGAUCUGAGUAUAGAAGACAUGGGAUUGGAGGAGCUUGAGCGGUAUGUGGCUUCAAUGGAAGAGCUUAAGAAGAAUGUUGGAAUUAGGGUUGAUGAGUUGGAGAAGGCAAGCAACUCUCCAUCCAGAUUCUUGGAUUUGGAUUCCGGCCUCAACGCAAAUUAAGGGUGUAUAUAUAUAU